AUGAAUGUUGAUGUCAUUUCAGAGUCACUGAAAACGGAAAUAGAAGAAAUAGCUCUAAAAUCGGGAAUUGAUGUACGUGAUUAUGCUGCUCAAGUUGAAUCAGAGUUAACGAAAAUAGAAGAAUCACUUAUAAAGACAUAUAUAACGGUCAGUCCUGAAGUAGCUAGUUUGCAUACCCAAAUUAUCUCAUGUGAUGCUAUCCUAGAGCGGAUAGAAAACAUACUGACUAAUUUUCAUGAAGAUUUGGGUGCCAUUAGCACAGAAAUCCAGGAUUUGCAAAGUAAAUCUCUACAAAUGAACACUCGGUUGCAAAACAGACAGGUUGUUCGGAGUAAUUUAAGCCAGUUUCUUUCAGAUAUGGCCAUUCCUGAAGAGCUUAUACGACAUAUCAUGUACACUCCUGUUACUGAACAAGAGUUCCUUGAAAACCUUCAUGAAUUAAAUCAUAAAAUGAAUUUCUCGUCAGAGCAAUCUAUGGUGGAUUACAAAUCAUUUAACGAUGUUAGUGUACUUCUAAAAAAGUUGAGAAUUAAGGCUGUUACAAAAAUCCGGGAAUUUCUGUUGGGUAAAAUAUACUCCUUACGUAAGCCACUUACAAAUUAUCAAGUUCCUCAAAACCAAAUGCUGAAAUUUCGAUUUUACAAUUCGUUCCUCUUAGCUCAUGAUCGAGAGAUAGCUAAAGAAGUUAGGGUGGAGUAUAUCAAUACGAUGAGUAAAGUUUACUACGCCUAUUUUAAGGCUUAUGGUGGUAAAUUAACCAAAUUACAACUUGAUACAACUUAUGAAAAAGAUGAUUUAUUAGGGAAAAAUCCAGAUAAAUACAAUUCUGCAUCAUCUACAUCCAGUCUGAUGUUCAAUUCAAUUACUAAUGUUACUAAUAAUCCAACCGUAUCAGUGUCUUCUAAUUCUGGAACACGUGUUGGACUUUUUGGAUUAAGUGAUCGUGCACUUCGUGUACUUGGUAAAUCGAAUCUAGAAAGUGCUGUUAUUUUACCACAUGUGGCCAGCAACGUGGAUGCUAAAUACCCUAUUGAAGUUUUAUUUCGUUCCAUUCACUACGCACUUCUGGAUACUGCAUGUCGAGAAUAUUAUUUUCUGUCAGAUUUCUUCCUUCUUAGCACGGAAACUGAGUCUGUUGAUUCACCACCAUCUUGUGAUCAAAGUACACCCAAUCAAGGUCGAACUCAAAGUGGUGUAGCCUUAGCUCAUUUAUUCGAGCAAGUUAUGAAUCGUAGUUUAAGUUGGAUACAUAAAUUUACUGGGACUUUCAUGAUUUCUUCUUGUUCUCAUGAUGCAAUCGGUUUAUUAAUUUGUCUCCAGCUUUUACAUGCUUUGCUUCGUCUGGCUAAAGAGAGAGGGGUACCUGUGUUGGAUGAUUUUUGGGGUAAAAUGACUGAGACUUUGUGGGUACGUGUUACUGAUAGACUGGAUGUACAUAUAGCAUCCAUGCUGCAGUAUUUGGAUGUCAGCAGUUUUAGUACAGAUGCUCGUGAUAUUAUGAAGUCCAAUUUAUCCACCCUAAAUGUCAAUAUACCUACAAAUGCUACCGGAAAUACCACUGUCAGUUUACACCCUAAAAUGUAUGCUCUUAUUCGUCCUCAUUGGAUAGCCAGACGUUAUGCUGAAUUAGCUGCUAGCCUACAUUCAAUCGGACAUCAAUUCCCUGGUACUCCACUUUUUGAUGACAGUAUGAGUAAAUCUAAGAGUUCAGAGAGUUCAAAUUUACAGUACUCUUUACACAAUGAACCAACAUUUCAACAAAAUCUUGCAAAUUUGAAGCCUGCUUUAGACCCUCGUAUCCUCAGUCGUUUGGCUCAAUUGCAAAAUCAAUUUGAACAUGUACUGAAUUCUCUAGCCAAAACAUUUUCACGUCCAAAAUUAGCACACAUAUUUCUAAUCAACAAUUAUGAUUUGGUUAUAAGUGUACUAACUGAACAUGGAGCUGCUGAUUCUUCCGAGGUUAUUCGAUGUCGUGAAGCUGUAGCGAAGCAUAUGACAUCAUAUAUCGAUGAAGCCUUGUCACCUUAUUUUGGUUGUCUGAUAUCUUUUGUUCGCGAUGUCGAAGCCAGAUCAACUAGUGAAAGUCAUCAUCUGUCGAAAAAUCAAGACGAAGUGGCCCAAAAUAUUCGUAGUGAGGAAGCUCGGGUAACACGAAUAGUGAAGGGCUUCAAUAUUGAUUGGAAGAAUUCGAUUGAAAAAAUACAUGAUGAAAUCAUGAUGGAGUUUGCCAAUUUUACCUUGGGGACACAAAUAUUUCAGGGUUUACUUGCUCAACUUAUUCAACAUUACCAUCGUUUUCAAAAAGUGAUGACACAAAGUCCCUACAAAAAUAUGCCUAUACGUAAUCAGUUGGUAAAUAUACAUCAGAUUACAAAUGAAAUGAAAAAGUGUAAAACAAACUUUUCUUAA